AUGGCCGCUCUCGAGGAGCUCCAGGAGCGAUGGCGAUAUCUACAUCAAGAGUAUCUCCCAGCGAUGGCAGCCGCCAAAGAUCCAGCACAGAAACAGUGGACUGUUCAUCUCGACCACUGCUUUGCUAGAAUUGUCCUUGACAACGCGAUUGGAGUCGACACCGCCUGGACCGAGAAGAUCAAGUCGCCUGCUAUCAAGAAUAUGACGGCCACGCAACUGCAGACCGCGAUCGAUCUCGCGGAGAAGCUCGCCACAGGAGAGGCGAAUUUACUCGAGUUGGACCAGAAAAGCCUUCAGCUGAGAGGGAAGAAGGAGAAGAAGCGGAAAUCCGAUGAUACCACCAGUACAUCGCCGAAUUCGAAAAAGUUGAAGAAGAGUAUGACCGUAUCAUCCUACUUUCUGCCUUCUCCCAACUCUCCAUCUGCGAAGAAAGAGGAUAAGGAUGACGCCCCAGAUGACUCUAUGCCGAAACUUCCCGUCAAGACCGACGUCGACAUGUCAAUCCAACUCAAACGAAUCGAGGAGUCCAGCAUCACAGCCUUCCGCAAGCAGACCCUGAGCAUGCUCUGCCAGAUCCCCAGAGGAAGAUACAGCACCUACGGCGCCAUGGCCGACUGGAUCAGCAAGAACUCCCAUAAAACGUGUGCUCGAGCGGUCGGAAACGCCAUGCGAAACAACCCAUUUGCACCUGAAGUCCCCUGCCAUCGCAUUCUUGCUGGAGAUGGCAGUUUGGGUGGAUUCAAAGGAUCCUGGGGCGAGGAUGGGAAGUACGCCAAGCUGAAGCACGAUUUGCUGCGUGAAGAGGGGUCGAGAUUUGAUUCGAAGGGCAAGGUUAGGGGGUCGCCGUUUCGAGAUUUCUCAUGA